CCACUGUUCCCAUCAUCUAAUGCUCCAUAUAAGGCCACGUCAUCUCCCUCCCUGACCAUAAAACUCGUUGGAAAGGGGGAAAUGGCAACCAUUACCGACUGAAUAGACAUCUGCGGCGGUGCCAUGGACACAGCGACGUAUCUUCCUAAUGAAUUGAUCAUUCAAAUUCUGUUGAGGUUACCGGUGAAAUCUCUUAUCCGUUUCAAAUGUGUUUGUAAGUCUUGGUUUUCUAUAAUCUCUUCUGAUUCUCAUUUUGCAAAUUCACAAUUUCAACUUACCGCUUCAACACACACUCGUAGAGCUUUGUUUAUAGAAACUGGAACACCUCAUGAAACUGGAUCUAUUGAUUUAGAACUAUCACUUGAUGAUGAUAUCGUUUAUGCUUCACUCAACCCCCCUAAUUUUUUGCCCUCCAAACCUAAUUCCUGUAUUGAAAUUAAAGGUUCAUGUAGAGGCUUUAUACUUUUGUACUACUAUUCAAGCCUCUAUCUAUGGAAUCCAUCCACUGGUGUUCAUAAAAGUAUACCUUUCAGUUCCAAUUUAGAUGCACGUGAAGAAGUUGGUUAUGGUUUUGGGUAUGAUCACUCAGCAGAUGAUUACUUGGUGGUUUCAAUCUCAUCUGAUAGAAACUCCUCCUACUUGGAGUUUUUCUCAUUGAGAGCUAAUAAUUGGAAACAAAUUGAUGAGGGUACUCACAGUCACUAUUGGAAUGCCACCGGAGAUUGUCGCCAAGCAGGGUCACUCUUUAAUGGGACUAUUCAUUGGUUUGCUCAUUGUCUUGAUUUACAAAAGAAGGUUAUUGUUGGCUUUGAUUUAAUGGAAAAGAAAAUUUUAAAUAUGCAUUUGCCAGAUCAGUUUGACCUUGAAAUCGACUACCACAGUCGUUUGUGGGUAUUUCGAGAAUUUCUCAGUCUAUGGGCUACGUGUUAUGAUAAUCAUACACUUGAAAUAUGGGUGAUGAAAGAAUACAGAGUGCAUUCGUCUUGGACAAAGACUCAUGUUCUUCCUACUGAUGCCAUUCCUCCUAGUUCCUUUUUCCCUAUAAGCUAUACAAAAAGCGGUGAUAUUGUUGCAACAGAUGGUUUAACUGGAUUUGCGAAGUAUAAUGAUGAAGGAGAGUUGUUAGGGCAUCACUUCUACUGUUACGAUCCAUAUGGAUUCGAUGUGGCCAUGUACACAGAGUCUUUGCUUUCACUUCCCGAUGACAAUGUACAAGGUUAAGAUGAUGGCACAAACAAGAAGAACUAGAGAACUUGCCUGCAUAAGAUCACCAAUAUUGACUACAAGAGCCUCAGGUACUGGAGGUACAUCAAUCCAUUUGUUCUGGUGAAGAACUUGAAGGCCACCAAUAUGGUCUUGGAGAAGCACCGUGAGA